AUCUACGCCUAUACACACACAUACACACAAUUUCACAACCCCCUGUGUGCUUAUGUGUGUGAAAAUGGAGAGCAAGAUGUGUGCGCAAUUCUUAGCUAUCUUACUCAUCACAAUCAGUGGGUGUGUUUCACAAGUGAGAUCAAGUGCUUCCAAUCACAAGUACAAGAGUAAUGAUCCAGUGCCUCUCUAUGUCAACAAAGUUGGCCCUUUUCAAAACCCUAGCGAGACAUACCGAUAUUUCGAUCUUCCUUUCUGCAUGCCAGCUUCAACUCAAUGGCAUGAUAAACCGGAAGCUCUUGGUGAAGUAUUGAAUGGAGAUCGUCUAGUUAGCGCGCCCUACGAGCUAAACUUUUUAGUUGAGAAAGACUCUGAAACUGUCUGCAAGAAAAAACUGACACCACAAGAAGUUUCUAAAUUCCGAAGUGCUGUUGCCAAAGAUUACUAUUUCCAGAUGUACUAUGAUGACUUGCCGCUUUGGGGUUUCUUAGGGAAGGCUGAGAAGGAUGCCAAAGCUGACCCCAGUGAGACCAAGUAUUAUCUAUUUAAGCACCUCCACUUUGAGAUACUUUACAAUAAGGAUCGUGUCAUUGAGGUUAAUGUAAGAACUGACCCUAAUGCUCUUGUGGAUCUUACCGAGGACAAAGAAGUUCUUGCAGACUUUAUGUACACUGUCAAAUGGAAAGAAACAGACACCCCUUUUGAGAAAAGAAUGGACAAAUACUCACAGUCAUCAAAUAUGCCACAUCAUUUAGAAAUACAUUGGUUCUCAAUCAUUAAUUCCUGUGUGACAGUUCUUCUCCUAACUGGAUUUUUGGCUACAAUUCUCAUGCGAGUUCUUAAAAAUGAUUUCGUUAAGUAUGCUCACGAUGAAGAGACUGCUGAAGACCAAGAAGAAACAGGAUGGAAGUACAUCCACGGUGAUGUCUUUAGGUACCCAAAGUACAAGUCAGUGUUUGCUGCAGCUCUCGGUUCUGGCUCCCAGCUCUUUGCCAUUGCAAUAUUAGUUUUCAUGCUAGCACUGGUUGGCGUCUUCUAUCCAUACAACAGGGGAGCUCUGUUUACUGCAUUGGUUGUCAUUUAUGCACUUACAUCUGGGGUUGCCGGCUAUACUGCGGCCUCAUUCUAUUGCCAGCUGGAAGGGACAAACUGGGUAAGGAAUCUUCUGUUGACCGGAAGUCUCUUUUGUGGACCUCUGUUUCUGACAUUCUGCUUUCUUAACACCGUUGCAAUCGCUUACAAUGCCACUGCUGCUCUACCAUUUGGCACAAUUGUGGUAAUAGUUCUUAUAUGGCUCCUAGUGACAUCUCCUUUGCUAGUAUUGGGUGGAAUAGCUGGAAAAAAUAGCAAGGCUGAGUUUCAAGCUCCUGUGCGAACCACAAAGUAUCCUAGAGAGAUUCCACCAUUGCCUUGGUAUCGUGGAACCCUUCCUCAGAUGGCAAUGGCUGGGUUUCUGCCCUUCAGUGCUAUCUAUAUUGAGCUCUAUUAUAUAUUUGCCAGUGUGUGGGGUCACAGAAUUUACACCAUUUACAGUAUUUUAUUCAUUGUUUUCAUCAUUCUCCUGAUUGUGACGGCUUUCAUCACUGUGGCACUGACAUAUUUCCAACUUGCUGCCGAGGACCAUGCUUGGUGGUGGAGGGCUUUCCUUUGUGGUGGAUCAACUGGGCUGUUCAUUUACGGUUAUUGCUUGUAUUACUACUAUGCACGAUCAGAUAUGAACGGUUUCAUGCAGACUUCAUUCUUCUUUGGUUACAUGGCCUGCAUUUGCUACGGUUUCUUCCUCAUGCUAGGGACAGUAGGUUUCCGUGCUUCUCUGUUUUUUGUCCGUCACAUAUAUCGCUCAAUCAAGUGUGAGUAGUGAAGGCGCCACUUCCAGGUCAAGCGCGUCUUUACAUUAUUAACUGAAAAUCUUGGUUGAUCGAAGAUCAUGUAGGACGACAAUAGAGGGGCUUAAUACAAACAGCUGUAUCAAAUUACAAUGGCAACUAUUACCCUCGUUUUGCAUCAGAGUCUGAAAUUCAUGUUGUACCAGUAAAUCUUAGGUUUUCUAUACUUUACCUAUAAGAUAACAUAUAAUGAAAUGUGUUUUCACUUUC